AGGUGACAUUUUUAGGGUAGUGGCCAUAAUAACCACCAAUCACAAGCCGUUGGUACAUUUUCAAAAACCAUCACUUUUUCAAUUUUCAUCAUCAUCUCAAUUCUGAUUCAUUUCAAGGUUGAUUUUCCCUCCAUUCUCUCACUAAUCACUCACUCUCAAUUCUUAAACGCCACUCCCUUCAUCCCUUUCGGAUCAAUUUCAACUGCAACUGCAACUGCAGCAGAAUACUCACUCUUUCUCAGAUCAACACAAGAGGUUUCAUUGCUAUGGAGCUGAAUUCGCAGAACAGGCCAUUUUCAAUCAAAUUAUGGCCUCCUAGUCAGAACACUAGGCAGACACUUGUGGAGAGGAUGACCAAUAAUCUGACUACUAAAUCUAUCUUCACUCAGAAGUAUGGAACUUUGGACAAGGAAGAGGCUGAAGAGAAUGCAAAAAAAAUCGAAGAUGCGGCUUUUGUCACAGCAAACUUACAUUAUGAGAAAGAGCCAGAUGGUGAUGGAGGUUCUGCUGUCCAACUUUAUGCCAAAGAAUGUAGCAAGCUCCUCCUAGAUGUGCUUAAAAGAGGACCUAGUGAAAAGGAUAGCAAAGAAGUGGUAGCGGCUGAUAUUACCACCCCUGAAAAGGAUAGCAAAGAAGUGGAAGGGGCUGAUAUUACCACCACUGAAAAGGAUAGCAAAGAAGUGGUAGCGGAUGAUAUUACCACCACUGCAUCUACCAAAUCUGUUUUUGAUAUAUCUAAAGGCCAAAGGGCCUUCAUUGAAGCAGAAGAGGCUCAGGAACUUUUGAGGCCAUUACAGGUUCCUGGAAAUUCUUUCACCAAAAUAUGCUUCAGCAACAGAAGUUUUGGAUUAGGAGCCGCGAAAGUUGCCCAACCUAUUCUUAUUUCCCUCAGGGACCAGUUGAAAGAAGUAGAUCUGUCAGAUUUUAUUGCCGGAAGACCUGAAACUGAAGCACUAGAUGUCAUGAAGAUUUUCUCAGCUGCUCUAGAGGGCAGUGUCCUGAAGUCUUUGAACCUAUCUGACAAUGCUUUAGGCGAGAAAGGUGUAAGAGCAUUUGAAGCUCUCUUGCAAUCACAGAACUUCUUGGAGGAGCUUUAUCUGAUGAAUGAUGGAAUCUCGGAGGAAGCUGCUCAAGCAGUUUGUGAGUUGAUUCCUUCCACAGAGAAGCUCAAAGUUCUUCAUUUUCAUAAUAAUAUGACUGGAGAUGAAGGGGCACUAUCUAUAGCUGAGAUUGUGAAGCGUUCUCCUUCAUUGGAGGAUUUUCGCUGUUCCUCCACAAGGAUAGGCACUGAAGGUGGAGUUGCCUUAGCUGAAGCUUUAGGGAAUUGUACCCAUCUGCAAAGGAUUGAUUUGCGAGACAACAUGUUAGGUGUAGAAGGCGGGGUUUCUCUGAGCAAAGCUCUUAUCAAGCAUCCAGAGUUAAGAGAGAUAUACCUGAGCUACCUGAACUUGGAAAAUGAUGGUGCAAUUGCUGUACUCGAUGCUCUGAAGGAAUCAGCUCCUCAUCUUGAAGUUCUCGAGAUGAGUGGAAAUGAAAUUUCAGUUGAGGCUGCUCCUGCAAUAGCAGCCUUCAUAGCAGGAAAACAGUGUCUUGCCAAGUUGAACUUCUCUGAGAAUGAACUCAAGGAUGAAGGUGCCAUCAAAAUAAGUAAGGCACUGGAAGGCCUUGUCCAGUUAAAGGAAAUUGAUCUGAGUAGCAACCAAAUAACUGGGGCUGGGGCCCGAGAAUUGGCUCUGACUGUGGUGCAGAAGGCUGAUUUCAAAUCUCUGAACAUCAAUGGAAACUUCAUUUCCAAUGAAGGCAUUGAUGAGUUGACGGAUAUAUUAAAAAAUUCUCCUGACGUUCUUGGUCCAUUAAAUGACAAUGAUCCUGAUGGAGAAGACAAUGAUGAAGAAUCUGAUGAAGAAGACGGUGAGGAUGAACUGGAAUCCAAAAUGAAAAGCCUUUCAGUUGACUGAACUGGCGCAUUUGUUAUCUCCUUUCAUGUUCUGCUGCUGAAAUAACUCUUACGACGGUAGCUAGAUCAUUUUAUUCCAUGUUGUUUAUGUAGGCAUCAGUUACAGACAGCAGUUAAUCUUGUUUUCAAUGUUUCAUUUCUCUUCGUAGCACGAGAACGAGAAUGUAUUAUUUGCAGUUGCAACACUGUAGUCUAUAGUCUUAUUGUUUUUCAAACAUGGUUCUGCUUGUAGAAGUUUUCUUUGGGGUACAAUUAGUACUGAGAUUUGAAGUUAUUCUUUUUUCUGGUCAAA